GUCACCAUGGCAACGCAGUCGCGAGGACGCUUCUACAAUAAAGUUCGGUGUUUAGUAACGUCGAAAUAAUAAUAAAUAAAAUAAAUAAAUAGUAAAAUGUACAUUUAUUAUCGUAAAUAAGGUCUGGUGUUUAAAGAUUAGUAGUGUAAUAACAUGUCUGAACCUGGGAUGCUGAAAAUCUCAUACGUAUUUCCAAAUGGAGACAAAUAUGAGGGUGAAUGCUGCCGUUCCUCAGAUGGUGUGGUGAUGAGAAAAGGUUUCGGCACACAGAUCUCGUCCUCCGGGACAACAUACACUGGAGAGUGGGACAGUGAUAAGAUGAAUGGCAGUGGAAGUCUCUCACACCCUUCAGGAGCUGUGUAUAAAGGCCAGUUCAGAGACAGCAUGUACCAUGGUGAUGGCACGUACCACUUUCCUGAUGGAACCAAAUACUCAGGAACGUUUAGCAACAACAGACUCGAAAGUGAGGGUGAGCUCACUGAUUCAGAUGGACGUAUAUGGACUGGAAACUUCCACGGAAACGCAGCACCCGGACUCAAGCUUAGACUUAUGUAACAUGAGGAUUUAUAUAUUAAAAAAAUUAAUAAUUUUGUGCUCAUUUAGAGCAACAAGUAAGCGCGUGUUUCUCUCAAAACAGAGUGCUCAUUGUCCAUCAGGACAUCUGAAACUUCCCUCUUCAAAGAGCGUUGUAAAUAAAUAAGCAGUGAUCGAAACAGAUCAUUACUGGCAGAUCAGAGUUCUGUUCUAGUCUGUGAGUUACAAAACAUUAAGACAUUUCAUUUUUUUAAAUUAUGCAAUGUGACCAGGCAGCUGAGCGUGUGCAGGAUGCUAACCGGCACUGUCUGUAUCUGUAUAGUCAUACAUGCCACCCAGAGAAUCCAAGCUGGUUAAGCUCUCUUGGACUCCAUGUCAAAUCAGCUUGAUGUCUGUAAAGACUUUCCUCAACCUAAAAUGUAGCCUGCAGUGUCAAACCAACCAAGAAGCUAACUGUGCUGAAGUAAUGGGUCUGAGAGGACUGGGAUUAAUUGUCACCCUCACCUGGGUUUCCGUGCAGAAUCGGACCCCAGAAUGAUCAAAUCAAAACCAAAGAUCUAUUUGAGUAUCUCUAGCUUUAGUCGACAUCUGUGUGGAGUUUAGUAUGUUCUCUUUAUGUCUCUGUGCUUUUCUAGGUUCUAAGAAAGGGGAGGAAUGUGAAUGAGUACAUAUGGAUAAUUAAGUAGGUGCUGUAUGCUGUGUUAUAGAUUCUCACCUUGCGCCCAGUGUUCUGUUUCUGGGAUAGGCUUUGUGCACACCACAACCCUGAAAAAAUGAAUGAAUAAUUCUUUCAAAUGUCAUUCUAAUGCCAUCAGGUAGAUUCUGACCCCUGGUGACUAUGUGAAUAGUGCUUCUCCAGAAUAAUAUAGGCAGUUGUUGUCUAGUGGUUAAGGUACUGGACUAGUAAUCGAAAGGUUGCUGGUUCAAGGCCCUUACGCCUUGACUGCUUAGACAAUAUACUGUCACAGUAUUGUAAGUCGCUUUGGGUAAAAGCAGACAAUGUAAAUGUAAAUAAAUUUCCUGUCACUG